GGGCGAGGGAGUUUCCUGAUCUGAGGAGUCUGUUGCAGCUAGCCACACUUCUAGAUCCCUGGGCUUAGGAGUCACCAUGGCGACCGACGAGUCCAUCAUCCGCAUCCCCCCGUACCACUACAUCCAUGUCUUGGACCAGAACAGCAAUGUGUCCCGUGUGGAGGUCGGACCAAAGACCUAUAUCCGGCAGGACAAUGAGAGGGUGCUGUUUGCCCCUUUGCGCAUGGUGACUGUCCCCCCACGCCACUACUGCACAGUGGCCAACCCUGUGUCCCGGGAUGCCCAGGGCUCAGUGCUGUUCGACGUCACCGGGCAAGUACGGCUUCGCCACGCUGACCUAGAGAUCCGGCUGGCCCAGGAUCCCUUCCCGCUAUACCCGGGGGAGGUGCUGGAGAAGGACAUCACGCCCCUGCAGGUGGUUCUGCCCAACACCGCCCUCCAUCUCAAGGCAUUGCUGGAUUUUGAGGACAAGGAUGGAGACAAAGUGGUGGCAGGAGACGAGUGGCUCUUUGAAGGACCUGGCACAUACAUCCCCCAGAAAGAGGUGGAAGUCGUGGAGAUCAUUCAGGCCACGGUCAUCAGGCAGAACCAGGCCCUGCGGCUCAGGGCCCGCAAGGAGUGCCGGGACCGGGACGGCAAGGAGAGGGUGACAGGUGGA